CUGCGCAGGCUCCGCCCCUGCGCUGCACGCAGCCGCCCCCCUUCGCCCCUUUAAAAGGCGCUGCCCCGCUCAGCGGCUGCGCAGUGGCGAGAAGGAUGGAGACGAGGACGGUCGUUCGACGGUGGCGGCCGGCGCGGUGGCCUCCGCCACGCGGCAGCCCCUGCCCCGCAGCACAAUGCGGAGGGCGAGGCGGCGGGCGCUUUGUGCUGGGGCGUCGCCUGCGUGAGUGGGCCGCCCGCCAGAGCCCCCCGAAGAGCGAGGUGAGGCCCGCCGGGCGACAAAGGGACCGCCUGCCCCAGCGACGCCCCGACCAGCAGGCGCCCGAGGCAGCGGUGCAGGUGAAGCGGCGCAGGACUGCCUCGCUGGGCGCGCCCGUGUGCCCCCUGAAUCCACGCCCUUCCCCGCGCCAGCCCGCGGCCCUCGUGGACUUCCUGGACUUCCCGGCCGAGCUGCGCCAGGCCUUCCUGGCCGAGACCCCCCGGGGCGGCUAGAGCAUCGGCGAAGCCGACGCAGAGCGGAGCCCAGGUUUGAGCCGCAAGGCACGGUCCACAGUGAGCUGCAGGGCGGGGCUGGGGGGUCACAGGAGCAGGACACCCCGUCCUUCGUCUGCACGCGGGUCGGGGUCUCCACGCUCCACAGGACCAGAAGUGAAAGCACACAGAUGCCCGCUGAGGGUCUGGCUAAUCAAUGUUCUAGAACCCUCUGCGGUGAGAUUCCAUCUGGGAGUUUGCAAAGAGCAGUGCCUUGCUUUGCAUUAAAUGGUCACCGGCGUGGGGGUGUGUACAGGGGCCGGAAGCUGUGCACGGUUGCUAAGGCCACCUGCACGGUUGCUAAGGCCACCUGCAAGGCACUGAGCAUCCUGGCCAGGCAGGCGCCACCCUGCUUAGCGUAGCUCCGCCUCCAGGGGGAGCCCCGCCCUUAGCAGAGGGGACCGUUAGCAAAGGGCCACGCCUCCUGCCUUUUGAUUUGCCCUUUCCCUCUUUCUGUUCACACCCAUGUAUUUCCAUCAGGUGACGCAGUAAUAAAGACAUUACCUAUGA